AUGCCUUCAGUCGCACGGAUUGCGGCCUCGACCGGGAUUCUGCUGCUCGCCAGAUCUAUCGCCGCGCAGACAACAACUGCACCUCCAUCUACGACUUCAGCAGCUAAGCCGUCAAUUACUGCUGUGUCGGAAUGCCAUCCUCAUGGCACUGUCAACUGGUGCAUGGCUGGUACUGAGGAGUACCAGGUUGUCGGGCCAACUAAGACCGAAGCAAUGGAAUCAAAAUAUACCGACUGCCACUCCCAUGGCAUAAAGACUUUUUGCGUCGACGCUUCUGGUGAGGACGUCGAAUUGCUCAUCGACUCGGCUGGGAAAGAGGAGACUACACAUACGGAUGAGCAUGAUAGCUCUUCACAUGAACCAGCUGGUGCUGAAGAGCAUUGUCACUCCCAUGCGGGUGUUGAACACUGCGUUGGAGGUGAGUCACAAGAAAAAUCGUGUGAUGCCAAAAAACGGGACUACAAUAUUCCCCUACGCAUCGGCCUUCUCUUCGUCAUCCUCGUCACCAGCGCCAUCGGGGUCUUCUUGCCCGUUCUGACCACUCGCUUCAACCUUAUUUCGCAUGACAACGUCAUUUUCGUUGUCUUGAAGCAGUUCGGAACCGGCAUUGUCAUCUCCACUGCUUUCAUCCAUUUGUUCACACAUGCGCAACUCAUGUUCGCAAACGAAUGCUUGGGCGCCCUGGAGUACGAAGGCACUCCUGCCGCGAUCUUCAUGGCUGGCCUCUUUUUAUCUUUUCUGGUCGACUAUCUUGGUGCACGCUUUGUGCAAUGGCGUCAGAACAAGCAUGUUGAUGCUAGCAUUGAGGUCCCGAAUGCGAGCAGUGACGAAAAGUCGGGAGCAUCUUCGGGUUCUACAACUCCACCGAACGAGUUCAACCACGAUCAUGGCAUUCCCCAUGUCCAUGGGGCUGUUCGUACGGCUACGCCAAUGGAAGAGAAAAUCAAUGUAAUGAACCUGGAAGCAGGCAUCAUCUUCCAUUCCAUCCUCAUCGGUGUCACCCUUGUAGUAGCAAGCGAUCGCUUCUUCAUCACCCUCUUUGUCGUAAUCCUCUUUCACCAAAUGUUCGAAGGCAUCGCCCUCGGCACCUGCAUCGCCGAGUUGCCAAAGGUCGCAGCCUCUACUCUUCAGAAGUGCAUAAUGGCCGGUACCUUUGCGCUCAUCACGCCCAUUGGCAUGGCCAUUGGUGUUGGUGUGCUUGAUCAGUUCAACGGGAACGACCCGAACACGAUUGUCGCUAUUGGUACCUUAGAUGCGUUGUCCGCCGGUAUUCUAGCCUGGGUCGGUAUCGUGGAGAUGUUGGCCCGAGACUGGAUGGGUGGAAAGUUAUCGAACGCGGGUUUGACAAGGACGGCGUGUGCGAUGCUUGCGUUGGUGAGCGGAUUGGUGCUUAUGAGUUUCCUUGGAAAAUGGGCGUAG